GCCACCUGAAAAAAACAGGGAACACUUAUAUAUAAAUAGGAAAUUGUACCACUCUUUAAAUGUUAUGAUUGUUUCUGAUUAUCAUUGCAAAAUUUUAGCUAUAGUUGCAAACCAUGGUGGCCGUACGCACGAUGCAAGGGUAUGGAACUCGUCUCAAUUAUCGAGACAUAUGUUAAAUAAAUAUCAAAACGGAAGACGAAAUGUCUGGUUAUUAGGAGAUUCUGGGUAUCCCUUAUUACCAUAUCUAAUGACACCUAAACUGAAUCAGCCAGCAAGAUCUCCAAGUGCUUCUUACACAGAUAGGCAUGCUACAGCACGAUGUACAGUAGAAAGAACAAUAGGCAUAUGGAAAGGACGGUGGAGAUGCUUACGCAAAGAGAGGGCAUUAUAUUAUACACCAGAAUUUGCUGAAUUUUGUUUUGUUAUUGUAUGUUUUAGCACUUACAGUAAAUGCAGUGUAUUACAUAAUAUUGCUAAGCAAUAUAAUGUUCUUGAAGAAAUAUAUUUAGAAGAGGAAGAUUUUCAUGAAGAAGGAAUUGAGGCAGAAAAUGCAAAUAUGCGUGCAAGAGGACAUGCGACACGUGAAGCAAUAAUUGAAAGAUAUUUUGCAUAACUUAGUUUAGAUAUUAAUUUUUUACUU